GGACAUUUUACAAGGUAAAGAGGCUGCAUAAGCAUGUCCGCCUACCACAGGAACUAUGGGUAUGAGGAAGAUCCUGAUUACCCUGACUAUUCAGGGUCCCGGAAUGGUGUGAGGCAGAAUUUGGAAACUCAGGAUUAUCCAGAUUCUCCAGGUCCUCGGAACGAUCCUGACUACCCUGGUGCCCGGAGCAACCGCUACUCUGCAGGUUCCAGAAGAAGUUCAGAUUUUCCUGGGUUUUUAGUAGAACCAGAUUAUCCUAGAUCUCAAAGUUACCCUGACUAUCCUGGUGCCAGGAGCAACCCCUACUCUGCAGGUUCCAGAAGAAGUUCUGACUAUCCUGGAUCUUUCUCAGAACCAUAUUAUCCAGGAUCCCAGAGUAAUCCAUACCAUCCAGACUCAUCCAGAGAACCAGACUAUGUUGAAUCUCAACGGAAGUCCGAUUUGACAGGUUUCAGAAGCAGUAGAAACUAUGCAGACUCCAGGACAAAUCCAGGUUAUCCUGAUUCCUUGGCAGAACCAGACUAUCCUGGAGCUCAGGGAAAUUCCAACUAUUCAGGCUUCAGAAAUAAUACAGAGUAUGCCAGUUCUAGAAUCAUACACUCUCUGGGGAAGCCUUAUUACCCAGGGGCUAAAAAUCAACCUAGAUUUCCAAAUGUUUUGGGAGAACCAGACUAUCCUGGUGCUGAGAACUAUCAGAAGACUCCCAACUUCUGGGGGGAGCCUGAUUACCCAGGUGCUGAGGAUGGUGGUGAUCAUGGCUCUUCUGAUUGCCGAGAAAUGGCUAACAAGGUUCUGAGGAGAACAUCUUCAAUCCAGCCCUCAUUUCAUCGUGAAGCUGGUUACCCUGAAAACAUUGAAAUGGGACCUAUGGAGGUGACAGAUGCAUAUGGCCACACUGUGCCUGAUGGGCCUAGAACUAGCUAUGAGAACCCUGCUUUUGUGGGCGAUAUCAACCCUGGCCAGGUUUAUGGAAACCCACCUUUGUCCGGAGAUGAUUGGCAAAAGUCCCCCCAAGUACAAAAGUUAAUCACAUCUCUGACACCCAUGACCUCUAGGGACAGAAUAAAAGCCAUCAGGAAUCAGCCAAGGACCAUGGAGGAGAAAAGGAUCCUCAGGAAGAUGGUCGACAAAGAGAAAAGUAAGCAGACCCACAGCAGCCUGGAGUUCACUUGCUGUGCGCAGUGUGUGAACUCUAUUUCCAUGGCAUGCCGAAGAUCCAGGAACAGCCUGUCUGAGCUGUUCAGUUCCUUCAGUCUGUGGCAGAAGACACUCAAAGUCAUUGGAGGCAAGUUCGGAACCAGCGUCCUCUCCUACUUUAACUUCCUAAGGUGGCUUUUGAAGUUCAACAUUUUCUCAUUCAUCGUGACCUUCAGCUUCAUCAUAAUCCCUCAGUUAACCGUGGCUGAAAAGAACACCCUCUGGUUCACGGGGCUGGAGUUUUUAACCGGAGCAGGUUAUUUCAGCCACACAGUGAUGUAUUAUGGCUUUUACACCAACGCCACAAUCCGGCAUGGAGGUGGCAGGGCUGCCUACGACAUGCAACUGGCCUAUCUUUUCACCAUCGCCGCCUGCCUGGUUGUCUGCUUCUUCAGCCUGCUCUUCAGCAUGGCCAGGUAUUUCCGGAACAACUUCAUUAACCCGCACAUUUACUCCAGAGGGAUUGCUAAGCUGAUUUUUUGCUGGGACUUCACCGUCACUCAUGACAGUGCUGUAAAACUGAAACAGAAGAAUCUUAGCACUGAAAUACGGGAGAACCUGUCAGAAAUCCGUCAGGAGAACAUCAAGUUAACACUCAAGCAGCAGCUGGUCCGCCUGUCUGCUCACCUGGCAGCCUGGGUUCUGUCGACUGGAGUGGCCGUUGCUUGUUGUGCUGCAGUGUAUUACCUGGCUGAGAACAACUCAGAGUUUCUGAAGAACCACAAGGACCCCGGCGCUGUACUCUUGCUGCCUUUCGUGGUUUCCUGCAUGAACCUGGUAGUGCCUCGCUUCUACUCCGUGUUCCGACUGGUGGAGCGCUAUGAGCUGCCGAGGCAUGAGGUGUACACCCUCCUCAUCCGAAACAUCUUCCUGAAGAUAUCAAUCAUUGGAAUUCUCUGCUACUACUGGCUCAAUGUGGUGGCCCUGGCUGGUGAAGAGUGUUGGGAAACCCUCAUUGGCCAGGAAAUCUACCGACUCCUUUUGAUGGAUUUCGUGUUCUCCUUAGCUGAUUCCUUGCUGGGGGAGUUCCUAAGGAGAAUUAUUGGGAUGCGGUUUAUCACAAGUCUUGGUCUACAGGAGUUUGACAUUGCCAGAAAUGUUCUGGAACUCAUCUAUGCACAGACUUUGGUGUGGAUUGGGACCUUCUUCUGCCCUCUGCUGCCCUUUAUCCAAAUGAUUACUCUCUUCAUCAUGUUUUACGCCAAAAACAUCACUUUGAUGAUGAAUUUCCAGCCCCCGAGCAAGGCCUGGCGGGCCUCCCAGAUGAUGACCUUCUUCAUCUUCCUGCUUUUCUUCCCAUCCUUCACAGGGGUCUUGUGCACUCUGGCCAUCACCAUCUGGAGGUUGAAACCUUCAGCAAACUGUGGCCCGUUCCGAGGUCUGCCCUCCUUCAUUGACUCCAUCUAUGACUGGAUUGACACCUUGAGUAAAAGGCCCAGCUACCUGUGGGUCGUGUGGAUCUACCACAACCUCAUUGGAAGUGUGCACUUCUUUUUCAUCCUCACCCUCAUUGUGUUAAUCAUCACCUACCUUUACUGGCAGAUCACAGAGGGAAGGAAGAUUAUGAUCAGACUGCUCCAUGAACAGAUCAUCAAUGAGGGCAAAGAUAAAAUGUUCCUGAUAGAAAAGUUGCUCAAGCUGCAGGAAGCGGAGAAGAAAGGAAGCCCCAGCCCACUCUCGUUGGAAAGGAGAAACAUGGAGCAUCAGGGCUCUUUGCAUAGCAGGGAAGACAAGUAUGCUCACGACCUGCGAUUUAGACGACCAGCUCAACAAGAUAACCCAGUGGUCUGAAGUUACUGGAAGGCCAGACACCAAUCUCAGGAGAGAAGACAAAGAUGGAAUUACUUCCACAAUACUGGUUCUUUUAACUUUCUGGAAGGGGAUUUCAAGGUAUUAACCAGGACUGGAAACUGACCUCCAAGAACACCUAAGUGAAAGUGGGCCUUCCCUGCUGGGUUUUGUUUUUUAAACACCCGAAUUGCUAAUUUUUCAAGACAGAACGUUUAUAAUAAAGACUGCUACAGUCAAAAAACUAGUUCACAGAAACCUGGGAAGAGAUCAUCUGGGACGUGUUUUAGCUUCAAGAGAUAUUUGAAUGAAUGCUGGGUCUUUUUUGAAAUCUCUCCUCUCAAAUCUCCCAGACCUGGCAAAGGUUUGGAAACUGGUGCUAAGAAAAGUCACGCAGCUAGAAUAAAAGUGUGAUCCACAAUCAGGGAUGUGAAGUCUCUGAACUAUGGAACCUACACUUGAGAAUGACUUUGAACUAAGAACAUCCCCAGGUUACCUAACAGUGAAAUAUAGCCAGUGUCAUCAUCUAUGAACUUUAUAGUGUUUCAAGUACACGAGUCUUUGGGGCUGAGGGCUUAGGGAUUGAGACUUUGCCCCGUGAGAAUAUAUAUAUUUCUCCCAACUGAAUAUGUAUGUAUGUAUAGUAACAUGUGGAAUGAAUAUAUAGAGAGGGGUAUGCAUACAUACAUAUAUUCUUUUGCAGAUUUGCCAAAUGACUCAUAUGGCCUGUGACUGUACUAAAAGGGUAAAGGUUCAGAAAAAGGGCCUAUUGCCAAAUUACUAAGGAGAAAAGUCUCCCCUUGAAUAAUCAGUGUCAUGGAACUGUGUUUAGAAAACACUGAAGAGUAUUUGAGCACUAUACCGGGAAGUGGUAUAGUGGAUAAAGUGUUGGACUCUCAAGCAUGAGGUCUGGGUUUGAUCCCCAGCAUUGCAUGUACUGGAGUAAUGCUUUGGUUCUUAAUAAAUAACAUAUAUAUAUAUAUAUAUAUAUAUAUAUAUAAUUUAAUUUAAACAUCUUAUUCAUUUAUUUAAUAUAGACAGAAAUUGAGAGGGAAGGGAAAUAAAGAGUAGAGACACCCGCAGCACUGCUUUGCCACUUGUAAAAGCUUCUCCCGGCAGGUAGGGACCUGGGGCUUGAAUCUGGAUCCUAGCACAUGGUAAUGUGUGAUUUACCAAGUGUGCCAUCACAUAGCCCCAAAUCUACUUUGUUUAAAGAGCAUUUGAAACAUCAGCAUCCAAUCAGUGCUCACUGAUUCACUUUUCUAUCAACUGAAUAAAUUUAUUCUGUUAUCUUUAGGAUUGGUUGUUAAUAGUGCUCAUUCAUUCAUUCACUCAUUCAAUAAAUAAGCCAAAUAGUGGUAGACAGGAUCAUGAAUGGGUCAAGACAGCCUUUGCCCACAGGUACUUAAUUCUGGCAGAUGGAUUGACAGGCACUUGAUAAAAGUAAUUAUAACAGUAAUGCUAAUUUUAGAUGCUGUGAAGGAGAAACCUGGGGGACCACGGGGACCUGCCUUGUCUGCAGAGUCGAUAAAAGUGAUGUUCUUUUCUCCUGUUGUGUAAUCUUAAUGUUACUUGUGCUGCUCUGGUAUCUGUAUUGAGAUGUGAACUCCCUGUGAGAGCAUCAUCCAAUUACCACACUCAGGCUUCUGUCUGGAAUGUUUCACCUUAUUUUUUAUUUCUCUUUUAGAGAUUCAUUUAUUUGAUAGAGACAAAAAUUGAGAGGGGGGAGGGAGAUAGACACACCUGCAAACCUGCUUCACCACUUCUGUAUAAGUACCCGUGCUAAGCGAUUGUGCCACCGAGCUCUGCUUCACCACUUCUGCAGUUCCUCCCACUGCAGGUAGGGAUCAGGGGCUCGAACUUGGGUCCUUGCACAUUAUAACAUUUGUUCAUCCAGGGGCGCCACCAUCUGCCCCCUCCCUCUUCACUGUAGAGCAGCCCCUGCUGCUCCUGGAAUAGACACAUUGCUACUUAAGUCCACUAACACUCAUGUGGACAAGAGCAAGUGAGCUGGGAGGUAAGGACUCUGCAUUGUCAAGGCAGACAGGGAGUGGCUAGGAGCAGGCAGGAGUCUUGACCCACCUGGAUUUGGGUCCCCACUAUAUUGAGGGAUUUGAGGCCUUGGGGAAGUGACGUUCACCCUGCAGUGCCUUGGCCUUCCUCUUCUGUAAAAAGAAAGUAAAUCCUGGGGCUAGGUGGUGGUGCACUUGGUUGCGUGCAAGUUAUCGUGCGCAAGGACCCAGGCUCAAGCCCCUGUCCCCACCUGCAGAAUGGGAAGCGUCACAAGUGAAGCAGUGCUGCAGGUAUCUCUCUCUCUCUCUAAUAAAUGAAGAAAUAAAUGUUUUAAAGUGAAUCAUUAAAUAUUUUUUAAAAAUAUCUAAGAUUUUCAUGCCGUUUUAAUAAAGAUGAGACAUAUUAAACCAGUAUUUCUGGCAAGCAGUGAACAAGAAAUUCUAGUUAUGACAUCAAGCUUUGCUAUGCUAUCAGCUGUUAUUC